CGUUGGAGGAACCUGUGCCGCGUUAUCACGCUGGACGAGGUCUCGUUGUUUUAGACACAGGAUGGUUUUGUCUGCGCUUGAAACGCAUGGAGUAGAGUGAAAGACUUGAAAAUCACCCGACAAUGAGGUUCCGCUGGGCUCUUUGUGCCUCGUAUUUUAUUUUGCUGCCACUAACCGUGUGGUCAGAGCCACUCAUCUCCCCCAGUGGGCCUCACAUCGUAGUUCCCAAGAAGGGGAAGCUAGAGCUGCGCUGCUAUGACAAUGCCACAACGUCUGGCGCCCCGCCCAGGUUAAGGUGGUACAGGGACAAGUCUCGCAAGCUGGAUGGAGAGGUGCAGGAGGGCAACGUGGCUUUUGUCAGGCUAUCAGCCGCCCAGCUUAACCACAUGGGUCGCUAUAUAUGUGUGAAUAACAUCACACUGGAACAGAGCUCUAUCUACGUAUACGUGAAAGACCCCUACAAUGCUUUCCUGCACAUCAUGAUAAACAUCAAACUGGUGCGAGAAGGCGAUAGCUGCACAAUUCCCUGCCUUGUUACUGACCCUGAGGUCACCCACCUGGGUUUGGAGACCUGUGAUGGACGACCUCUGCCCUCUGGUAUGAGAUAUAAGAGUGACCUCCAGGAAGGCAUCACCAUCAACAACAUUCAGAAGGAAUACGAUGGCUGCUACGUAUGUGUGGGACUUCUUCACAGAGUCAAAGUGAUGUCAAGUAAAUACAAUCUGGAAGUACGACUCGUGCCAGAGUUACGCCCAGUGAUCACGCUGUCCCAGAAAGACAAAGUCAUCUUGAGGACAGGAGAACAGUUCGAGCUUACCUGCAGCUCCUCCAAUGUCAACGCAGACGUCAUUCUCAAGUGGGACUUCCCGUCAACAGUGCAUCCUUUUGAAACACAAACUUCACACAUCCUGUCCGGGGGUUUGGGUUACGAGCGUUCAACCUCACUCUUGAUCCCAGCUGUUAACCAAUCAGACUCAGGGACUUACCGCUGCCAUGCUCACAACGAAAGAGGCCGCAGUGACGAAGCGAUGGAGCUCAAAGUUUACGAUCAGGGGUUCAUUAAAAUGUUAGUAAGUCAAAGUCCAGUCCAGGAAGAGGUUAAAGAGGGAGAGAGCCUGAGCCUAAAAGUUGAAUUCGAUGCCUAUCCUGCACCAAGCUUCAUGUCCUGGUCUUACAAUGGGAAGAUUCUCCACAACACCACAGAGCACGUCAUCACUCUCCACCGAAACAAAUACAGAUACAGCAGCAAGCUGAGACUAGUGAGGGUUCUUGGCUCCGAGGGCGGGAUCUACAACUUCUCAGCCAGUCACAAAGACGCAUCUGUCGAUCACUCGUUUCAUGUGUACGUCAACAGUAAGCCUGUCAUUACAGCUCAGGAAGGGCCUGUUGAUGGACAAGUGCGGUGCAUUGCUGCAGGAUACCCCGUCCCUAAGAUCAGCUGGUACUUCUGUGAGCUGCCGCGCACAAGGUGUUCACAACUGCCCAAUGCCACCCAGUGGGAGACCUCAGAGGUCACUGUCCUUUCAGAGUCAACCUUUGGUAGGAGUCAAGUGGAAAGCCGACUGAAUGUCAGCAAAGAGUUCACUCAGUACCACACCCUGGAGUGUGUCGCUUCUACAGAGGAGGCAGAGGCCUACACCCUGUUCUCCAUCAGCGAGCGUGUGGUCCCCCAUAAACUCUUCACGCCUCUUCUAACCGGCAUGGUGGCUACUGGGGUCUUACUCAGCCUCGUGUUAGUGGUGCUGCUCUAUAAGUACUUGCAGAAACCAAAGUUCCAGAUUCAGUGGAAGGUCAUCGAGACUGUCCAUGGAAACAACCAUAUAUAUAUUGACCCCACCCAGCUGCCAUAUGACUCCAAAUGGGAGUUCCCGAGGCAGAAACUGCGGUUUGGUAAGACCCUGGGCUCUGGGGCGUUUGGAAAGGUAGUGAGGGCCACGGCAUACGGAUUGUGUUCUGCAGACGCUGUGACAACCGUCGCUGUUAAGAUGCUGAAACCCAACGCUCACUCCACGGAGAAGGAGGCGCUGAUGUCUGAGCUGAAGGUUCUCAUUUACCUUGGAAACCACGUUAACAUCGUUAACCUGCUGGGAGCCUGCACCGUCGGAGGACCAAUUUUGGUAAUCACAGAGUACUGUUGCUAUGGGGACCUCCUCAACUUCCUCAGAAGGAAAAGAGAGUCCUUCCUAAACUCCAGAGCUGGGGAUGGUUACUACCACAAUGUCUCGAACCCAACAGAGUCCACAAGCAGUGAGGCUACUGGUGCAGGAUAUAUGCCCAUGCGUCCCUCUGAGAAAGAAAGGUCCUCUGAGUCAGAUGACAUAGAUGAGCUGUCCUUGGAUGCUGAAGAUCUCCUCAGCUUUUCCUACCAGGUGGCCAAAGGAAUGGAGUACAUUACUUCCAGGAAUUGCAUCCACAGGGAUCUUGCAGCUAGAAACAUUCUGCUGACUCACGGCAGGGUGGCGAAGAUCUGCGACUUUGGCUUGGCACGAGACAUUACCACCGAUGCCAGCUAUGUGCUCCGUGGAAACGCUCGUCUGCCGGUCAAGUGGAUGUCACCUGAGAGUAUUUUUGACUGCGUCUACACGAUUGAGAGUGACGUGUGGUCCUACGGCAUCCUGCUCUGGGAAAUAUUCUCCCUCGGUAACAGCCCGUACCCUGGGAUGCAGGUGGGAUCUGCAUUUUAUAGGAUGAUUCAGGAAGGCCACAGGAUGAGCAGGCCUGAGUAUGCCCCCACUGAGAUGUAUGACAUGAUGCUGUCCUGCUGGAACCACGAUCCUCUGAAAAGGCCUUCCUUCAAAAAGCUGGUGGAGAAAACCGAGCUGCUGCUGUCAGAAAAUACCAAGAAUGUGUACCUGACCCUGAGUAAUGCUUCAGGUCCUCCAGAGCAGCAGAGGGCGCCGUCACGGAGACUGAGCUCAGUCUGCAGCACAACAGCCCCCAACCAACCUUUACUGCAGAACACAGCUGACGUCUUCCUGGACUAUGUCUGACACACCGAUUGGACACAUACAUAAAUCCCCACCUUCCUGACCUUCCUCACCUCAUACCACACAAACUACACUCCACUCUACUACAACUAACAGCUGAUCAUUUUAAACAAACUCUCAAAUGCUGGCCUUCCUGCAUCUUCCAUACACACACACUCACACAUACAGAAACACACACACAUAUAGAUAUUGUACAUAUUGAGGGCUGCACUUGGCUCUCAGCCUCUAUCUACUCUUGCCCUUGCAAUAUUGAUCUCCAUGGUAGGUAUUUCAGGUGCACGUCUAAAUAAAGCAGACCUCAGCACUAACCGGCCAUCAGAUACAUCACCCAUCAGCAGUGGGAAGAGUCUUGGCUCACAUUCAGCCUUAGAUUACAUCUUAAGAUGCUUUGGGGAAAACAAAAGGCUGCCAGUACAUGUACAUACCUGCACAGGGGAGAUGAUAGUGAACUGAUAAAUAAAUAAACAGAGUUGAUGCUGUGACUAGAGGACCUCUUUGUAUCAGACUUGUCUGCCAUUUCAUAGAAAUAUUUUUGACAUUUUGGGACUUUCUUGUUGAGAGAUAGAUGAGAAGAAUUAUACCAUCCUCGUGUCGCUGCAUGCAAAUGAGGAAAUAAAGCUUAAAGACUGUAGUUUCUAGUUUAGGAGACACAAUACACAGGUAAUCAGCUUGUCUGGCUUGGUCCAAUGGUAACAAAAUCUGCACACCAGCAUUUCUAAAGCUUGGACACUUGUGCAGUUGCUAAACAUUGAGUAAAAGAUAUGUAAGAUAGUAGAAUAGCCCCUGAGCUGCAUGCCUGUGGUAGUUUUGCCUUUUUAGAGUGUACAGCUUUGAGAUGUGCUUACGUAACUGUCACCAUGCUGCUGUUGUAGGUGUUGAAUGGUGUGGUUCAUAGAAAUUAUCAGUCUGUGCAGUCUUUAACUCGUCUCCGUAUGUUCUUUAUGGCUGUCUAUCAGUAUUUACCAGUGAAAGCCGAUAAAACCAAUCAGUUGAACUACAAGUUUGUCUUAAAGACGUUAAGGCCUAUAAGAAUUUGGCCCAAGAAACAAGGCAUCUAACCAGAUACUUGCUUUGGAUGGCAUCACUUACUUUGGCCUUCAGUAUUAAUGUGAUCUAAGAUAGAUAUUUUAACACAGACAUUGAAGAAAUGUUUAGGAGUGCCUUCUCUAAUCUGCACAAGAUUGUCAAAGUUAGGAGACCCUGCCUUAGAGGGAUGCUGAAAAACUAGUCCACACAUUUGCUAAUUCUAGUCUGGACUAAUAUAUAAUUGCAAUAUAUGCCUAAAAAAAGCAUCCACUUGAUCAGAAUUCCUGGAGGAAGGAACUUAAAACAAGAUCCGUGGAACCAACUCCUACUAUGUGUUUGGUUGGCUGACGCCAUCUCUGCCAUUAAGAUUAGACUAAAAUGAUACAGCUUAUAUUAAAGGCUACCAUUAGAAGUGCCUUCUCAUUCUCUGUGACUCCAAUGCAAUGUGAGCAAAGAUGAUGGCACUGCAGCACUCAUUACAAGUUGCCAUGGUAGUUAAUGAAGUCUCAGUAAUGGAUUUUUGCACAUUAGAGGUACCAGAUUGUACAGAAGCUAUUUGGUGGCUUCUAGCUGGUAUUCAGUGGUGACUUGGGGCAGAUCCUUCUUAUGAGACAUGGUAGCUGCACUGUGAUGGCGCUUGAAGAGCUUAAUCUUGUGGAGGAAUGUUGGGAUUGAAGAAGAUUUUUGACAAAUUCCUGCUGGACAUCGGUGAGGGAAAGAUUCUUGUUUUUCUAGAGGUUGAUUCUGCUGUUGAACUCACUGGGGAGAGAUGAGGUCAUUCAGAGCAACACUGCCAACCCAGAGUGGCUCGGUGCCUGAAGAACUCUGACAAAGAUCCCUCCAGGAGUUUUUGCUGCUUGUGUGGACACUGGAGCGUGAGCAUCAUUUGUAUCCUUCCUGAAGUUUCUACAUACCCUCUGCCUAUCCGGAAAUACCUCUGCAUUACAGAGUAAUGUAGGAAUCAUAUGAUUUAGAAACCAGGACACUGCCAUUGUUUAAGGUAUUCCAUCAAUCACAUGCUGCCCCAUCCGCUGGCUACACACAUGCCGAGCCCGUCUGACCCAUUUCCUUUCCUUCUUUCACAAAACCAAGAAUAGGUCUCAGGGUUCUUCCAUGGUCGCCCGUGGUGGCGCUGGAGGGUUGAAAUGGAGAACAUGUCAUGAAAGGGAGUAAAGGAGAAGCGUGAGGAGCACACAGCCUCGUGUUGCUGCUGUGUUUAGGAGGCAUAGCCUUUCAAUCCAGACAUCUUGCUUAAAAAGUUCUGCUUAUGAGGGCAGACUGGAUGUUGGAAAGGUUAAUUGUUCUUAUGUCACUCAGCAAAAAUAUUUUCCCAAAAUGUCAAAUCCUAACACCUUAAAACUUGUUUUCAGCAGGCCUUUAAAUGAACAUGUUUCUCUAAGGUAGUACAAAGUGUCUUUGAAGAGGAAACAAAAAAAAGAAGAGAAGCCAUAGCAGAGUGGCAUGCAAGCGAUAAUUCCUAAUGAAAAAGAUAAAGCCAUAAAAGUUACAUAAACACGAAUUUCCACCUGUGCGUUGUAGCUUUGAAAACUGUGACUUAUAAACAACAAUUGCUGUAUGUUUUUAUGGAUAACUUUAGUCUCUUUAGCAAAGCCACUGUGGCCAAGGAUUUAGGACUGAUUGUGUGCUUUUUACUGUAUGUCAAACCUGUAUGCAAUGUAAAUAUCUUAGAGAUGUGCCUUUAGACUUUUUUUUUUAAGUGAAUGCAUUUGUUUGUGACAGUUAUUGGUGAGAGAGCAGAAAAAUGUUUCUGCACUCUGGCUUUCGGGUUCUUGCAGUUUUGAUACAGUUGGUUGACUUGUAAUAAUAAAGAAUGUACCUGUGAUGGUCAAACUAACUGCAAUAAUUCUUUUAUUGUUUUCUGUGAAACAACAUGGAGUCGUAAAAGAAACUCAUGGUUUGCCUCAAUGUUGCCUCAGGUUGCCAACAUGGUCCAACCAUCAGGUGUCGCACGAUGCUUCUUGAUGAAAGGUUGGCACCC